AUGGCGUUUCUAAUUCUCGUAAUUGGCGACCUGCAUAUACCCGACCGUGCCCUCGAUAUCCCCCCAAAGUUCAAAAAGCUCCUCUCCCCCGGCAAGAUCGGCCAAACCCUCUGCCUCGGCAACCUGACAGACCGCGCGACGUACGAAUACCUCCGCAGCAUCUCCCCUGACCUCAAAAUGGUGCGCGGCCGCACCGACGUCGAAGCGGCCGCGCUCCCACUCACACAGGUCGUCACUCACGGCGCCGUGCGCGUCGGGUUUCUCGAGGGGUUCACACUAGUCAGCGAUGAGCCGGAUGUGCUGCUGGCGGAAGCGCACCGGCUGGAUGUGGACGUGCUGUGCUGGAGUGGUGGGACACAUCGGUUUGAGUGCUUUGAGUAUAUGGAUAAGUUCUUCGUCAACCCUGGAAGUGCGACGGGGGCGUUCACGACGGAUUGGGUGGCAGGUGGAAGCUCAGGGGAGGUGAAGGGGGAUGCGGAGGAGGUGGUACCCAGCUUUUGUCUGAUGGAUGUACAAGGGAUCUCGCUGACGCUCUACGUCUACCAAUUGAGGAAAGGAGAGAACGGAUCAGAGAAUGUGGCGGUCGAGAAGGUCACCUAUACCAAGCCGGUCGAGCCGACGGGAGCGCCAUAA